AUGGCCAGCGGCAGAUUGCAAACAACAGUGGAGCCAGCGCUUCCAGCAUCUGUGCCAUCUUUGUCCUUUCACUGCUUUCCCAACCUGCCUGUUGAGCUACGGCUAAGAAUCUGGCGCUACUCUUUCGUUCCCCGUUGCGUCGAAAUUCACGCCCGCAGAUCGCAUUACGCCGAUGACUUUCAACAUGGCGGUGUGCCAAAAUGGCAAAGCCGUUGUAACAACCCUGUUGCACUGUCAGUCAGUUCCGAGGCGAGAUCUGCCGCAUUGGACUUUUAUCCUGUCAAGUUUCCCCUUGCGACUGUUGCGCCAUAUGAGCAUGCUGGCGAUAGUAUAAACGACUUGAAUCGUGUGUUAUACAUUAAACCUACGGUCGAUACCGUCGUUGUACUAGGCGAUCUGGAUUAUCGCAGAAUAUCACGACUAUUCACUGAUUUGCGUCUUGGUGAUCCGGAGGGAAAAGGUUUGCAGAAAUUGGCUGUCAGCGCCAGCUGGACGUAUCAUCAAGGAGCUGGCGACACGAUCAGAAUGCUUAUUAAACAUAUGUUCCCCGAGCUGGUUGAGAUGACUGUGUUUAUGUAUGAUGAAAAAAUGCCCCCUACCGAUUGGACUGGCGGAGUGUGCGCGCUGGAAGAUUGCAGCCAGACAGACUACUAUAAACGGUAUGCAAUGGGAAGAGGCCAACAGAUGAGGGAUGGUGAUAAAUGGAUGGUGAUUGGGAAGAAAGAGUUAAGAGUGAUGGAGCUCACUUUCAGACAUGGAUGGUAG